AUGACAUUUUGUGUUGGCUCCUUCAAGGAAGCUGUUGUGCAUGAAGCUCGGAAGGUGGUUGUGCAAGAGGAGGCUGAAGAUGAUGCACAAAGUGAUGAUCAAAACCAGGGUGCUACAACGAUCGGUGAAAAUCGAUUUCUGUACUUUGAACUCGAUGACUUACUUACAGAAAACACCACCGAUUUCAACCUGGACUUGUGCAAAGUGCAGGUAUCAAGGCUGCUGGCAAAAGUUCGCGUCGGAGAGCGUGUUGAAGCAGCUAAGGACAUGGAGCAGUGGAUGGGCGUGCUAGAAACGUCCCAUACGGAGUCUGAGAUGAUGCUCAAAGAAACCGAGGCUGCAACGGAAGCUUCGCAACACGGCCUGGAGGAGCGACGUCAAGACAUUGCAACACUGGUGGGUCAGAACAGCAUCAAGACUUCGGCGUUGUUGAAGAGUUUCAUGCAGAAGGUUUCACAGUACCGCCUUGAAACCCUGGACAUGCUCAGGGCCAGGUAUGCCAAGUCUGCUUAUGAUGAGUUCUGGGAUGGAUUGCUGGAUGCUCGGAGAGCUGAUUCUGUUCAGAAAGCGGGAAAUCGAAGCGGCUGGCAAUGGCAGACGUUUGACUACGCAAACGACGGACGUCCGAAUCCAGCUCUAGGCGAGCGCGAGGAAACGGAGCUUGCGGAGACAGGCGCAUCUCGAAAUGGCAAUGCCCAGCUUCAAGACAAGCUGCACCUUCAACUGUGCAACGCCUGGUGGUGUGCAACGUGUUCUUGCCGCGCGGGCGCUUUGCUAUGUUGUCUGCACGCAAACUUCCUGAGCGGCUGGACGAUCCCUGAGCUCUGCCGGCGUGACGUUGCCUCAUGCGUUUGGAUGAAACACCAUCGUGUACGCCCGGCCCUGGACGCCGUAUGCGCAUUUGGCUACAACGUUGGCCCCCGCUGA